CAAAUAUUUUGGAUUAACAUUUGCUACCCCAAGUAGUAAUAAACAACGUAUCAUUUUCUGCAAGUAGUAAACAAACGGGAAGAUUUGACUCGUAUGCUCAUACUCGAUAAGUUUAUUCAUUAAUCGAAAAUGGGCAAAGGAAAGGCGGAGGUUGGUACGCCAAAGUACCUGGCCAAUAAAAUGAAGGCCAAAGGUCUGCAGAAACUGCGCUGGUAUUGCCAAAUGUGUCAGAAACAGUGCCGAGAUGAGAAUGGUUUCAAAUGCCACACCAUGAGCGAAUCCCACCAGCGGCAGAUAUUGCUGUUCGCUGGCAAUGCAGGUCGUUUCAUCGAUGGAUUUUCGUCGGAAUUCAUGACAGGAUAUCUGCAGAUCCUUCGCAGGCAGUUCGGAACGAAACGAGUUUCGGCAAAUAAAGUUUACCAGGAUUACAUUUCGGAUAGACAUCACUUGCAUAUGAACGCUACCAAGUGGCAUUCGUUGUCUGAGUUUGUUAAAUAUCUCGGACGCAAUGGUCAUUGUGUCGUGGAUGAAACCGAGAAAGGGUGGUUUAUCUCCUACAUCGAUCGGGACCCAGAAACUCUGGCUAUGCAAGAGAAAAUGGCCAAGAAGCAGAAAAUGGAUAAGGAUGAUGAAGAACGACUGGCAGAAUUCAUCGAAGAACAAGUUCGUCGAGGUCACAAGGAAGAAGAAGCGAGUACUUCGUACACAGAGUUGAAGCGGCAGAACGAAGAGGAGACAAUAAAGAUCAAUUUGAAAUUGGGUCUCAGCUCUAAAGUUGAAACUAAACCAAUCAAACUGGAAAAACGGCCAUUGGAGCCGUCUUCCGAUUGCCCAAAAGAAAAAAAGUAUAAACCUGGGUCGUCAUCUGAAUUUAAAAAGCCUUCGGCUUUAGAUGAACUUAUUAGAGAAGAGGAGAGAAAAAAGGAGAAAGUUAAUCGAAAAGAUCACUGGCUGGCGGAAGGAAUUGUGGUGAAGCUAGUAACGAAAUCUCUGGGAGAGAAAUACUACAAGGAAAAAGGCGUUGUUCUAGAAGUAAUCGAUAAGUAUCGAGCCAAAAUCCGGAUGCUUGAGACCGGAGAUAAAAUAAAGGUGGAUCAGUCACACUUGGAAACGGUCAUUCCAGCAAUUGGGAAGCAGAUACUCGUUCUGAAUGGAGGAUACCGGGGGAAUACAGCUGUGCUUAAGGGAAUCGAUACAGAUAAUUACUGCGUAACGAUUCAGAUCGCGUCGGGUCCUCUGAAAGGUAGAAUAGUUAAAAGUGUACAAUAUGAAGACAUAAGUAAGCUUUUUUAAUUUAUGAUUGCUAGAACUAUAGAACUUUGAUAGAUAAUAAACUUAUAUAGAACUAUAGAACUUAUAUGAUAGAUAAUAAAGAGCAGUACUCGGUUUAAUAAAAAAAAAAAAUUAGCGUGGAAAGAUAAGAGGACCUCCUUCACGGGAUAAUUCCGACCACAAAGGGUUAAACAGUUUCUGGCCGAGCAUAGCUAAGCACGCAGAGAGUGAAGAUCCGAUUUUGUUUUGAUUCGACGCUAAAGGCUGCGCCAAUGUUAAAUCCCAUGAACUUUUUCAAUUUGACAAGCAUUAGGCUGAGGACAUAGUAAACGCGUAAACGCGGUACGGUGCGAUGCGAUGCAAUACGGAGCGGUGAAUUGGAGCUCAUCGCGUGGUAUGACAUACUGAUCGCUUCAGAUCACGCGUUUUUUGAUGUUUCAUUUCACUCCAUUCCACAUGUAAACAACCCAGCCCAAGGAUGCCAGAUAUGAUAACACAUCUUCAUUCUGUAAAC